AUUUCUGGCAUGGCAGAGGAGCGCAAAGAAUCCACCUUAUCGAUAAUCGAUUCUUCUGGACGACAAGUCAGUCUCCUCAACGACUCUGAUACUGAUCUCCACAGUCCUAGUUCUGUCUAUUCAUACUCUUCUGACGACAGUCUAUCUAUCACCACAUCCUCUUCUGACUGGCGCAUUUUAGACUCUGAAGAGCCUGCUCGUAAAUAUCACUGUACUGAGCCUGGCUGUUCCAAGAGUUUCACCACUAGUGGUCACCUUGCGAGACACAAUCGUAUUCACACAGGAGAAAAGAAUUUUCCUUGUCUAUUUCCCGGCUGCCAAUCACGAUUCUCUCGGCAAGAUAAUAUGAUGCAGCACUACCGUACACACAUGGCACCCAAGUCAAGAAGAGCUCAUAAACCGUCAUCUUCAGCCGUAAUGAAAGAGGAAGUUCCUCUUGCUAAACCGCGUCUACAUGCACAUCACCGUAUUCGUUCGGACCCAUACCGAGUCGAAGCGCCACUGACUAUUUCGCAGCAUCUUGCUAACUAUCAUCAUCGCUCUCUUGCCACUAAAGAUACAUCAUUUUUCCAACAUCGUCCUAUUAAUCCCACACCUGCCGGACAGGCCCCUUCAUUUGUGUCCACUCUUCUCCAUCCAACUCCUCCUACCGACUGUUCUAAAGCUGUUUGUGAGUCACCAAAAUCCUAAAUCAAUCUCUUUUGUUGGUCGGUGACACGGCCCUUUUGUCGUGCCAUGACAUGGCAUAGCAUGGCAUUGCAUGAUAUCCACCGCUACCGUAUCACCAAAAAACACACACAUACACAUGCACACACAUAAUCUUUGAUAGUUGCGUUCUAGAACAAACAGUUUUUUUCUUCUUUUUUUCCUUUUGCUUUUUUUUGUGUUUCUUGCUGUGCAGUAAACUAUCCACACUAUGCUAAAUUGUAGCAUACCAUAUU